CCCUGCACUUCCCUCCCUGCCUUUACUUGUAAAAUCUGCUCCAACUCAUAUAGAUACCAACAGAUUGCUCCUAGACUUUGCAUUCUGCAUCCCACUUGGCAUGUUCCACCACUUGGUGGGCAGAUGUCAUGAUGAGAGUUUAUGAUCCAUCAGGGAGAGCUGUAGCUGUGCCACGGUGCUGCUGCUGUGCAAGGAAGGGAGAUGGAGUGAGAGUAGGGGAGGGGCUAUGGACCAGAGGCACAGGGAACAAGGCACACGUAGGUUAUCCCUGGGAAUGAAUACGGAGAAGCUUUGGAAGAGAGAGAGUCAGAAAUGCAAAAAAGCAUAGAUACCUAGAAAGAUUUCAUUUCCAUAAGGUGAUACUUAUGAGAGUUGAAAAUACAGAAGCCUGCUGAGUUCACCCAGAGCUGAAGAGGUAUCCUGAGCACUAAAACUAGCAGAUACAUAGAGGAACGCCGCUUCAUCUGCAUCCUUCACUUCUUCAAAGCUGCCUGGAGCAGUAUUUUCUAGAUCUUAUUCUCAUAAAUGGUGAUGGAAUCUCCAGUACAAAUUUUUCGUGAGGAAGAAGCAAUUAUCCCAGAACGAGCUCCAGUGGGCUCGACAUGCUCUUCCAGCUGUGCUCCUGCAUGUCCUUCCAGUUGCUUUCCCAACACAAGCUGGCUGCUAGGCUGGGAUGAUCAUGAUAAUGUCAGUGCGUAUCCUGAUCUACCACUAAAUGAAGGCAAUCACACCAGUAUCUCACCAACAAUUUCAGUAAUAAUAACUGCAGUCUACUCCAUGGUUUUUGUGGUUGGCUUAGUGGGAAAUGCCCUAGUGAUGUUUGUAAUAAUCAGAUAUACAAAAAUGAAGACUGCCACCAACAUUUAUAUAUUUAACCUGGCGCUAGCCGAUGCCCUAGUUACCACUACAAUGCCCUUUCAAAGCACUUCAUUUUUAAUGAAUUCUUGGCCAUUUGGAGAUGUCCUCUGUAAAAUUGUGGUUUCUAUCGACUACUAUAAUAUGUUUACCAGCAUAUUCACUUUAACCAUGAUGAGCGUUGAUAGAUAUAUUGCUGUUUGCCAUCCUGUAAAGGCCCUGGAUUUCCGUACACCUCUUAAAGCAAAAUGCAUCAAUAUAUGUAUAUGGAUGUUAUCAUCCUCUGUUGGAAUAUCUGCUAUUGUACUUGGAGGGACUAAAAUUAGUGAUGGUUCAACCGAAUGUGCCCUACAGUUUCCGACUCACUACUGGUACUGGGACACUGUGAUGAAAAUGUGUGUAUUCAUCUUUGCAUUCAUAAUCCCAGUAUUUAUCAUAACAAUAUGUUAUACUUUGAUGAUCCUUCGGCUAAAAAGUGUCCGUCUUCUUUCUGGGUCACGGGAAAAGGACAGAAAUCUCCGUCGUAUCACAAGACUGGUGCUUGUCGUUGUGGCUGUAUUUAUUGUGUGCUGGACCCCAAUCCACAUCUUUGUAUUGGUAGAAGCACUAGUGGAUGUACCCCAAAGCAUUGCUGUUGUUUCUAUUUAUUAUUUUUGCAUUGCAUUGGGGUACACAAACAGCAGCCUAAACCCUAUUCUCUAUGCCUUUCUGGAUGAAAAUUUUAAAAGAUGCUUCAAAGACUUUUGCUUUCCUUCAAAACACAGACUGGAUCGUCAACCCAACAGCAGAGUUGGGAACACGGUGCAAGACCCAGCCUGCAACAGGCAUGGUUCUCAAAAGCCAGUAUGACUAGCGGUGGAGAUGACUUCAUUGACUCCACAUGGAAGAGAACCAAAUGAACUGGCAUUAACUCAGAUAACUUCUGCUGUAUAAAGGCCAUGUGCUUAUAUAUAUAUAAACAUAUUGUACA